AUAAAAUCCGACAGUUUGAAAACAAUACUUUCCACAGUAUUUAAAGAAUAUGUUGGAACUAUUAAAAGUAAAUAAUUAAAGGCAACUACGAGUUUAAAUACAGGCAUUUAUUGCGUAUCAUAUUAUUGUAUCUAUUUAUGCGCAGAGCUAGAGGCCUCUGCUAUUGUGUUUCAGUUUGACUUGUGAUUCCAAUUUAUUGUUAGUUUGUUACUGUGCAAAUACGGUGUCAAAAACAGAAUGUUCAAAUUUGGAUUUUUUGAAGACAAGGGCGAUAAGACAAAAGAUCUCGAUACGAAAAAAUCGGGAAUCGAUUGGAUUGCAGCUGCAAAAGUUGAGAUAUCGGCAUUAGAAAUUGCAAAAGAAUAUGAACCUAAUGAUUAUAUGGAAAAUAUAAUAUUUCCUGGUUGUAAAUUGAAAUUAUUACGAACCGAGACGGCUUUGAAUGACUUGAAAAAAGAAAAUUAUGCAAGUAUCAUAGAAGCAGAAUCACAACAUUCUGAUCUUAUACCUGCGAAAUACGAAGGUGGUUUAAAAAUCUGGGAAUGCAGUUACGAUUUAGCACAUUAUUUAUUUGAGAACAACGUUGAUUUACAAAAUAAAUGUAUUUUGGAUUUGGGAUGCGGUACUGGUAUUGUUGGCCUCAUUGCUCUUCUAAAAAAUAGCAUCGUUCAUUUUCAAGACUACAAUGUAGAAGUGAUUAAGACCGUAACGAUUCCAAACGUGUUGUUAAAUAUCGAUGAUCGGAAAAGCAUCGUAAAGAGAUGUCAAUUCUUUUGCGGCGACUGGGAAUCGUUCACAAAAUUAAAUAAUUCGGACAAUGAGACUGAGUUGAUAAAGUACGAUAUAAUUUUUACAAGUGAAACCAUUUAUAAUCCCGAUAAUCAUAGAAAACUGUAUGAAGUUUUUAAACGAAAACUCAAACAAGAGGGUGUCGGAUUUAUUGCCGCUAAAACUUAUUAUUUCGGUGUUGGAGGAGGAAUGAGGCAAUUUCAGAAUCUCAUAGAGGAAGAUGAUAUCUUUAAUAUCGAAAUAGCAUGGAGAAGUAAAGAGGGCGUGCAAAGAGAAAUUCUAAAAAUUACAAGAAAGCAACAACCUUAACCAGAAUCGCAAUUUCUCAGCCACCUAUUAAACAAAUGUUGUAUUAUUUAUAUUUUAACAUAAAAUGUUUCGUCACGAUUA